AUGGCUUUGCCUCUCCCGCCGGGGCUUACGCCUGCAGAGAUUGCUUUUCUCUGCGAAAUGGAGCUCGUGACGGUGAUACCUCGUCAGCGACUCGAGGGACUCGAGCUGCUUGGUGGUCCUCUGAAGCCUCUUCUACCACCUCAGAGAAGCAACAUUCCCCUCUGGCUCGCCCUUCUGCUGAAGCGUCAGCGUCGCGCCAACAUCCUCCCUCCACCCUGGCUGAACGCGCACUCUCUCACCGCGAUCCUGGAUCACGAGACAGAGCAUGCAGAUACGUUCUCGCCGCCGCCACGACUUCCGCCACAGCUCUCUGAUAAUCCUCUCCCGAUUUCACCGCCCUUUUUGCCAUCCUCCAUCGCAGACGCUGCGCCAGACGCGCUACCAUAUCAUUGGCUAGAGCUCGGCGAGAUGCUGCUUGAAGCUGCGGCAGACGACUUUGAAGAGCCAGAUCAGGUGCGGAAACUGUUAAGAGGGCUUCGAGAAGUGCGCAUGGCAAAACUCCGGAGUGGUGUCGACGUUCUGGACGCAGCCGGAGGCAUCAAGAUGAACGGGGUCGGAGGCAUGGAAGUAGGAGAGGGGAGAUCUUUCAUUACAGGCGUGAUCGACGGCUUGAGGAAAAUCGGGGCCUCACGAGAACAGCAACGCAAAGACCGCGAUGCAGAAGAAGCAGAGAACGGCUACUCUGGUAAUGCAGGCGACUACGAUGACGACGAGAUGGACAUGCAGUGA